GUUAUUUGGUCUUCUUAGAAAGUUGGCGCAGGUUCAUGAUAAAACAAAUGAUGCUCAGAGACACAGGGAAUUGAACUGAAUUCAGGCAGAUCCAUGACUGGAUAUCAUCGCUCAAAGCCUAAUAGAUCCGCCUCAGGAUUGAGCCCUAGCGCAGAGGAAGUCACGAAAAUCAAACCGUGCUUUCCCCGUGACGGCUUCCCUCCUCCUAUGAAUCCGAAAACCGGACAAGGGAAGCACGUGAAAGGGCACCCCAGUAUGCGAGGGAGGGCUGGGGCCUCCGCCCUCCCACCAGCCCGGGGAGCGGAGAGCUCCAUGCCUCCGGGUCCUGCCUCUCCUGCGCCUCUUAUGUCACCUGUGGCACCUGUGGCACCUGUGGCACCUGUGGCUGCCACUCCACAUCAACAUCGCCUCCCCCGAAGUAAACGAAAACAUACAGUAGUCUUUAAGUAUUGUGAGGAGAUGAACGAACUCAAUGAGGCAGCUAACAACCGACCACGAAGCGCCCUCAUACACUCGAUCCAGCAGGAGAACAGACACAUCAGACAACUGCAGCAGGAAAACAAAGAACUCCGGCUUGCCCUUGAAGAACAUCAGAACGUCAUGGAACUGAUAAUGUCGAAGUACAGGCAACAGGUAGCAAAGCUAGUGAGUGUCAACAAGAAGCAAAUGCAGCCCAAUACCCAGGACCAAGCCAAGCUGGCAGCACAGAUUGAACGGGUCAGUGAGAUGGUUGCAGUGAUGAGGAAGGCAGCCUCACUGGGCGAUGAUGAGUGCCAACAACAACAGAGAUUAAUUUCAGCCCUGGCAACAGAAAACAAGGGUUUACGAGAGAUGCUCAGCAUAGCUAACCGGUCAGGAUCUAUCCAGCCAGCCACCACAGCUGUGGAUGCUGAGACACAAACAGACCACGAUUUGUUGAAGGUAGAGGAAGAUAGGGAGGAGGAGGAUGAGACCCCUACGCAAGCAGACUCCUCAAACCUAAAUACCACCCAAAUUGAGCAGAAAUCAGCGGAAACAGAAGGGACUUCAGCAUCGUGAUAAAACCCCUAGGGCUCAUUAGAUCAUAGUCUUGCCUUCCUUCCUCUGUUCUCAAAGUUCAGAAGAGAAAAUAAAAAGGAAACGGAUAAGAAGUGUUGUGGUUCUGUAUUUGGUGUUGAUUUGGGAGGGAUAACAGAGUUACUGGUGAGAGUAGUUGACUCUGGUAAGCAGAAUAACUACUUACAUGAUGAUUAAUGGGUUAUUAAAGAACCCGGUGUGGCUGGUGGCCCCCAAAUGACAGCCAUAUUCGCUUGCGCUGAUCCAAGUUAUUGGGUGGAUUUAUGUGGCAUGUUGAUGCAAGUGAUUUAAUUUAGUGACAGUCUGACAAGAAUGCAAGGUGAGACAGAUGAUGAUUUAAGGGUAUGCAUUUUUUUUUCUAUUGCCUGUGAAAAGUGGCUCAAAAAGUAUGUAAAUUAAAAAGGGGAAUUGAUUUUGGGUUUUGUAAGAAAAGAUAAAAAUUAAGGAUAGUUCUGACAUGAUCCCCAGACAUAAGUUAUUUACAAAGCUGUUAUGAUUAUUGUGUGUAUUAUAGCAAAAGGCAAUGCAUUACAACAUUAAAUAGGAAAAUGAAAAAGAUUAUUGCAGUGGGAUCAAACUGAUUUUCUUACAUGAUUAGUAGUUACCUGUGAUUUUUUUUUUCUUUUUUUUUUUUAAUAAUUUUUGUUUUUGAUAAUUCACCAUCAAGAUUUACAGCUUCCUGUCUAAUAAGACCAUCUGAUACUAGAUGUGAUUUAUGAGGGUCAGCAACCUCAUUUUAGUCUUAUGGCUAUCUUUUGUAUCCCAUAUCAGUGUCCUCACAAGUCUGAUCUUACAAAACACCUUUCAGUAGUAGAUAUUUAUCAACCAUACUUUUAGGAUUUCAGUGUUAUUUAAGUGUAGAUGAGAACGAAUGUAUGGUAUAUGAAGCCAAAUGAUAUAUUUAUUAUUGAUAGGCUUAUGAAAGCAUUUGAAAUGAAAUGCAAGGUAUUGAAGUGACUAAUGUUUUAGGUCAUUAUACUUUUGACACUUUAAUAGUGAGAUCAGGGAAUCUAUGCAUAUGAUGCUUUAUUAUCUUCAGCAACAGAAACCUGAAAAUUUCUUACUCUAGGGUAAACCGGGACAAUACUCCAAUAAAGAAAAAGAAGAGUGAGGAAUGAAAUAUUAAUGACAAAAUUUACAGAGUACUGUCUUGUAAAAAUUCGCAUGAGAUGUCAAUAUUGUACAGUUUAUGAGUCAAGUUCCCAAGGGCCAGAUUUGGUUGCAAAGUUCUGGAGAUAUCAUACAACUCUUAUUAUCGUUAUUAUGCAACACGAUAUUUUGUAUUGUCUCUUCUUUGAUGUACCGUUUGCGGCAGGUUCUUAUCAUGUUCUUUAAUUUAUUGAUGAUAUUGUAUACUAGUAGAACUGGUCAGUUUAUCAGCCAGGUUAUGUUCAUGGAUAAUAUAGUUGGCUAGUUUAUCCCCUAACAGGAAAGGGCAAAUUGCUGGAAUAAACUCAUGAUCACUGAUUUUAACAAUCUAUUGCAGGAUGUUAAAGGAAUUUUAAAGAUUUAUUUUAACACAGUAGGUAGGUUUCCCCUUUUUUUUUUUUUUUUUUUUUUCUUUUUUUUUUUUUUUUUUGUUAAUAUGCAGUAUUAACAUUUGUGAAUGUAGCUGACAGUAAUUUUUUUAUCAUCAUUAUUACAAUUGUCGUUUGUGAUCAUUAUUUUUCUUAUUUUGAUUUUUUUUUGUUUUCCAUGUCAACUUGAGUUCAUGUUGGAGUAUAGGUGCUGCAUUGGUGUUGCAGUUCUUAAUCCAUGCAUAAAAAAAAGGAAAAUUACCAACAGCAUUAGCAGUGUUGCGCAGCCCAGAAUAAGUCAGUGCUGAGAGGAGAGGAAGGAGACUCAGAAGAGAGUAACCCCUUUUUAACAGUGGCAAUUAAUCCCCUAAUACUUGUUCCUAAUUGUCUCAUAGUCCCUGUAAGCUUCUUUCUCACAUAGCUGUGAAGGGUGUCUCUCAGGAGUCUCAAUGAUUACUUACAGAGAAAAAAAAAGAGAGAUGAAGACAAAAGAAUGUACGAGAGAAGGAGAUAGAGAUUAACCAUUUGACUUUCCACUUGUGAUUCAUCAUGCUUUUGACAAGUGAAGAGAUAAAAAAGGAAAUGGAUGAAUGGAAGGACCAAGAGGGAUAGUGUGAUCCAUAGCCUGGCAUUCCGAGCCCCACCACCAUCGUGACACACAGUGAGGGUGACGGGGCGGGAUGGAAGGUCAACGGUAUUCGACUUGCGCAGAAUAUGUGGUUGUCUCCAAAGAACCGAGAUUGGGUUGCCCAGUCCCUGAAGUGUAAUACAGCUCACCCAUGCAGCAUCAACCUCCUCCGCAUAUGGUGAUGAAAAUACUCAUUCCAUAGCAUACAUGUCAGUAUCAUGCAAAAAGACUUUCUGCCGCGGUCCCAGUGUGAGUCUUUGUACACUUUUUAAAAAUUUUGGUUAAUGAAGUUGUUUUUUUUAUAUUGUAUUGUAAAGAGUUUUUUUUUGUGUGUGUCACACUAAUGCCAGAUGUAAUGUAUAUUUUAUUGUAUUUUUUUUUUUUCUAAGAAUGUUUUUCUUCAUCUUAUUUUUGUCUUUUGAUUUUUAUGUUCUAUUUUCCCCUUUUUUUAUUUUGCCAGAAAUCCAAAACUAAGUAAUAUCAAACCAUUUUACAA